GUCUAAAUGCAGUCUGUUGGAAAUCUCGCGAUUGUUGGCGUUAUUAGAGAGAGUUGGUGAAGAUGGCGCCUGUUGUGACAGGGAAAUUUGGGGAGCUCCCUCAGCCAAAGCGUUUAACAAGGGAGGCGAUGCGCAACUACUUGAAGGAGAGAGGAGAUCAGACAGUACUCAUACUGCAUGCAAAAGUCGCACAGAAGUCGUACGGCAAUGAAAAAAGAUUCUUCUGUCCUCCACCAUGUGUGUACCUGAUGGGUUGUGGCUGGAAGAAAAAGAAGGAGCUGAUGGAGAGAGAGGGCUGCUCGGAGCAGGAGUCUCAGCCUUGUGCCUUCAUCGGCAUUGGAAACAGUGAACAAGAAAUGCAGCAGCUCAACUUGGAGGGCAAGAAUUUUUGCACAGCAAAAACAUUGUACAUUUCUGACUCGGACAAACGGAAGCACUUCAUGCUGUCAGUGAAAAUGUUCUACGGGAAUAGCGCAGAUAUCGGUGUCUUCCUCAGCAAACGAAUCAAGGUCAUCUCCAAACCUUCCAAAAAGAAACAGUCGCUGAAGAAUGCAGACCUGUGCAUAGCUUCUGGGACGAAGGUGGCUCUUUUUAACCGCUUGCGGUCUCAGACUGUCAGUACGCGGUACCUUCAUGUGGAAGGUGGAAACUUCCAUGCUAGUUCACAACAGUGGGGAGCUUUCUACAUUCAUCUAUUGGAUGAUGAUGAGUCAGAGGGUGAAGAGUUUACAGUCAGAGAUGGUUACAUCCAUUACGGUCAGACGGUGAAGCUGGUGUGCUCCGUGACAGGCAUGGCUCUACCCCGACUGAUCAUUCGUAAAGUGGACAAGCAGACAGCACUAAUGGAUGCAGAUGAUCCUGUGUCCCAGCUACAUAAAUGUGCCUUCUACCUAAAAGAUACUGAGAGGAUGUAUCUCUGCCUGUCACAAGAAAGGAUAAUUCAGUUCCAGGCCACACCCUGUCCCAAAGAAACAAACAAAGAAAUGAUCAACGAUGGGGCGUCAUGGACAAUCAUCAGCACAGACAAAGCAGAGUACACUUUCUAUGAGGGGAUGGGCCCUGUACCCUCACCUGUCACACCCGUGCCUGUUGUUGAAAGUUUACAGCUGAACGGAGGAGGGGAUGUUGCCAUGCUGGAACUGACAGGACAGAACUUCACGCCUAACCUCAGAGUCUGGUUUGGAGAUGUAGAGGCAGACACAAUGUACAGGUGUGGCGAAAGUGUGCUCUGCGUGGUUCCUGACAUCUCUGCGUUCCGUGAGGGGUGGCGUUGGGUUCGGCAGCCAGUGCAGGUUCCUGUGACUUUGGUCCGUAACGACGGCAUCAUCUACUCCACAGCUUUGACUUUUACCUACACGCCGGAGCCUGGACCACGUCCUCACUGCAGCGCCGCGGGAGCCAUACUGCGGGCCAACAGCACCUCCACCUCCCCAUCUUCAUCCUCCUCAUCCUCCAGCCUACUUCUGCAGUCAGCCGUCGACAGCCAGGCAGGAUACGCGGCAGCAGGAAGCGUGUCUUCAUCUUCCUCUUCCUCGGCUAUGUCUGUCUCCUAACCUGGGAAUCUCGGUGUGUGUUUGCGUGUGUGAGUAUGUGAGAGAUGGUGAUUCGUCCACUCGUAGACUCUCCUGCAUAGAUUCAUGGGAUACGGAUCACAAAAACGGAUAAUGGUGCCACAGAGAGAGAAGAAAAGAGAGAUGAGACUUCACACAAGGACUGGACAGAACAAAUGAAGAUGUCUCUUUUCUACUCUCUCUCUGUCUUUCUUUGUUGCGGUUCUUUUUCAAUCUGCUUCCUCAUGGCGGAGGAAGUGGCAACGGAAGUGAGUGUGCCGUGGAUCAAGAUUGCCACAGGAUCAAUGCAUUAGCCUUACGUGAAAACAAAAAAACAAUCAAAAACAACGGCUAAAACACUUUCUCUUCAAAACAAAGCCUUUUCUAAAUAAGUGCAAGCUGGAAAUGGCUUUGAGAGAUGUUGUUUUCUACUAAAGGGCUUAAUGCACUGGGCUUGGAAGAAAAGUUAUCAUAGUAAUAUAGUUUUUACGGACCAAGGAAUAUUAUUAUUAUUAUUAUUAUUUUUAUUGAUAUAUAAUUUUAUAAGCUUUAGCUAAGGUACAUUUUUCACCUUUUUCAGUUUUAUAACAUAUAGUAAACUUUUGUUACCAAAUAGUUUUGUAUAUUUCUUGUGAGCGUUUGGGCUCAGAAGGAAAAGGUUCAUGCAUUUUAAAAGCCUGAACUUAUAGCUGCCUUUACUCAUCUUGGCAAAUGCCUUAAGUCAUCUGGAGUUUCACCAGACCCUUUCUGUUUUGUAAUAAUAUUUUUGUCAUGUAUAUUGGUCUUUUUCCCAUUCUUUUUAUUUUCUCAACUAAACCGAGAUGUAAUAUCGAUGCCAUUUUUGCGUGUUUGGGAGAAGGUGGCUCUUCUGCUUUGUUAAACUUUUUCCUCAUAUGAAGUCUUUAACUCAAAAGCUUUAACUGACAUUGCCGGUUGGCCUUAUGCGCCGUAUUGUACUUAUCAAAUAUGCGUAGCCAUUGAUCUGGCCCUUUUUCAUUGGCUAUAGAUGUUCAAGCUGCCAGCAUAACAGUAGCCUAUAAAAAUCCCACACCAAAUGGCUUACAUUUUAGUUGAACAUAAACGCACAAAAUUAUUUUUAAUGGGUCAGUGAUUUCUAAUUGGUUGACUCAAAUCCUGUGGCGGGGAAGGACAGGACAGGUCUCGUUUGCAUAUCAUUCACGCUUUCAGUGUCAUGAUUAUUGACUAAAA